UUCUUUACGUGCAGUGCAGGUAUAAAUUAGUGUAAAUAAAAACAUUGCAUAGCGUUGAAAUAAAACUAAGGAGACAUCUUACUGCACAAUGACGGGCCAUGUAUCCAUUAGACUAGCAUCUGAACGUGUAAAUGCAUGUGUCGCAUCAGGAAGUGAGCUUCCGCGAUUCUAUACACCUGGUGAGGUUAUAAGUGGAAUGCAAGAUUUCAUGCGUGGUCAUGGAACAUAUGCUGAAGAUGAUUGCCUCAAAGCGUCUGUGGCUGGUGUAAUGCAAAAAGUGAACAAGUUAAUUUGUAUCAGACCUUUGAAAAGUCGUUAUGUUGGAGAAAUUGGAGAUGUCAUUGUAGGCCGUGUUCUUGAGGUGCAGCAGAGACGAUGGAAAGUUGAAUCCAAUUCUAGAUUAGAUUCAGUUCUCCAAUUAUCUGCUGUCAAUCUACCUGGAGGAGAAUUGCGCCGCAGAUCUGCUGAAGAUGAGCAAAUGAUGAGAAAGCACUUGCAAGAAGGUGAUCUUAUAAGUGCAGAAGUUCAAAGUGUAUUUUCUGAUGGGUCACUUUCAUUACAUACAAGAAGUUUAAAAUAUGGCAAGCUACCACAAGGCACACUGAUCAAAGUUUUUCCUUCACUUGUUAAAAGAAGAAAAAACCACUUUCACAAUCUUCCAUGUGGGAUUUCGGUCAUAAUUGGUAACAAUGGUUACAUAUGGAUAAGCCCACAAAAACAUGACUUAAUGGUUGAAGGGAAUGUGGAUGAAAUUCAGAACUAUGACAUGCAACCUGUCACUCGGUCAGACAGAGAAACAAUGGCAAGGAUAAAAAAUUGCAUUGCAGCUUUAGUAGCCUCAAAAAUGAUGCUUGAUGAUACAAGUAUUAUGUUUGCUUAUGAGGAGAGCUUGAAAUAUGAGUUGGUAAAGGAUUUGCUGGAUCCAGAAGCAAUGUUAGAUAUAGCAUUUUUAACUCAACAUAGAAUAAAUAAUAUUAUGGAAGAGUGAUAUGGUUGUUCAU